AUGGGAAGCAACGUUCUAUCAGCUCACUACCUUUCCCCUGCUCAUUCUGCGAACUGCACUGAACCGCACACCACACCUCUCACUCCUGCUCCUGCUGCUGCUCCCGCUCCUGUCGCUCCCACUCUUGCCUCUGCUGCUGUUGCCAGUGGUAACUUGUAUAGUCAUGGUGCUUUGGAUCCUGCUACUCAACAGAGUGAACCACACACUGAAUCACUGCCACCACCAACACAGCAAUCCCCCUCACUGCCACCAUCCUGCCAUCAGCCACCUCUCUCGGACCCCUCUCUCCUCCGCCUGUGUCAUGCCCUCAUGGCGGUCAACGAGCAGGAACGAUUGACUCCACAAGUGCGUGAUGCAUCACAUAAACCAGAGGGAGAGCCAGCAGGACGUAAACCAGAGGGAGCAGCAGCAGCAGAAGCAGCACAAGUAACAGCGGGGCAGGGGAAACCAAUUAUGAGAGGAGAUACAAUGGGCCAAGAGAAGGGGAUGACAUGUGUAGAGGAGGAAACAGUGGGGCAACAGCAGGGGUUGGAGGCUGGAGGGAAGGACAGAGGGAAGGAGAGGGGGAAGGAGAGGGGGAAGGAGAGGGGGUACGAGGCUCCAUUGCUUAUCAGAGACUUGCAAGCAGAAAGUGGAGCCUAUUCAACAGGGGGAGGGGAGAGGGAAAGCUGCUUGGAAGAAGGGGGCUACUAUUCCUUUCCUCCCCCACACUUUAGGUACGCCUACCCCCCUCCAUCUGCUCCCACCAUCAUCAACAUUGCUUUCGCGCUCAUCGCCACUCCCCGCCUAUACACACAGACGUCUCAAAACCUCCCUUCCUCUCCCUGUCCCUCCAAUUUUGAGACGUCUCAAAACCUCCCUUCCUCUCCCUGUCCCUCCAAUUUUGAGACGUCUCAAAACCUCCCUUCCUCUCCCUGUCCCUCCAAUUUUGAGACGUCUCAAAACCUCCCUUCCUCUCCCUGUCCCUCCAAUUUUGAGACGUCUCAAAACCUCCCUUCCUCUCCCUGUCCCUCCAAUUUUGAGACGUCUCAAAACCUCCCUUCAUCUCCCUGUCCCUCCAAUUUUGAGACGUCUCAAAACCUCCCUUCCUCUCCCUGUCCCUCCAAUUUUGAGACGUCUCAAAACCUCCCUUCCUCUCCCUGUCCCUCCAAUUUUGAGACAUCUCAAAACCUCCCUUCCUCUCCCUGUGCUUCAUCUGAUGAACAAGAUGAGCCUGCCUCCCCCCUUCGGCCCGGUCAUCCUCCCCCAAUCCUUGCACCCCACCGCACUACAGCCCACCGCACUACACCCCACUGCACCGCAGCCGUCGCCACAAUCCCCAUGCCCAACCGACGCACCACAUCAGCCCAGCCCAUCCAACCCACCACCUCCUGCCUCCUCCCACUCCACCUCUUUCCAAAGCCCAACAACCGCCCCUACCCAAGUGCCCCAACCAUCCCACCCAUCUCAAGCACUCCACCCAUCCCAACCAUCCCACCCAUCCCAACCAUCCCACCCACCCCAACUACCUUAUCCCCAACCCCAGCCACCUCAACCAUCCCACCCGCCCCAACUACCUUAUCCCCAACCCCACCCAACCCAACCAUCCCACUCAUUGCAAUGGCGCCCUCCCCACCCCCCAUCCAGCCCCGCCCUGCCCUCGCUCCCUUUCCCCCCCAUCCCUCCUUUGCCACCAGACCCCCCUCCCUGACGCCUCUUCCUCCCCAUCCUCCGCCUUUCCGUCACCCAACUCUUCUUCCCCCCUCUCCCUACUCUCCCGCGCUCUCUCCCUUCCCUCCACCGCCCAUCCACCGUCCACUCACCCCUCCCUCUCAUACCCCCUUUCCCUCUCAUGCCCCCUCUCCCUCUCUCGCCCCCCCUCCCUAUUUCGCCCCUCCUCCCUCUCUCGCCCCUCCUCCCUCCAAUGCCACCUCCACUCCAUCCCAUGCAAGUGCCAUUUCACCUCAAAGCACCCUUCCGCCCUCCACUGCUGUCAAUGCCCCGCCCUCCUCCUCCCACCCCACCACAAGUCCCCUUGAGACGCCCUCGCAGCCCAUUAGAGCACAGUCGCCCCUACCAGCAGCAGCUACAGCAGCCUCCACCCCAUCAGAUGCUAGUCUUGGGUUGUGGGUCCUGGACUCUACGCAUAAAGCGCCGCAGACAAUGAUUUCCAGUGCACAAUCACCUCUGCCAGCACCACCAGCAGCUGCAGCAGCUACUGAUGUAUUGGAUGCAAGUCCUGGGACACGUGUGCUGAAUUCGCCUCUGAACGGGCCAAAGGCAGAAGCAAGAGAGGGGGGCGGAGCUUUCACGAGGAACGGAGUGGGAGGAGAGGUGGAGGAGGAGGAAGAGGAGGAGGAGGGAGGGGAAGGGGGUGAGUGGGAGGAGGGCGAGGAGAAGAGACUGGAGAGGGCUGGAAUCCAGCUGCGUCCAGAGAGGAAGAAGAAGCAGCGAACAAGUCUAGAGCACGAGAGAAGGGUGGCUGAAAGAAGUGCUGAAGUGACAGGCCAGGAGGUUAUGGUGUCACUGACAUUCCAAGGUGCUGUGAAUGCGGGGGAACACAAGGAGGGUGGCUCAGUGACGGAGGGAGAUUUAGAUUCGGCAGUGUUGGAGGGGGGUGAUUUUGAGAAUUCUCUCAAGCACCCUGCGAUGACAAUGGGGAGACGAAAGGAGGGUGGCUCAGUGACGGAGGGAGAUUUAGAUUCGGCAGUGUCGGAGGGAUGGCGGCAGGAUGGAGGUGGUUUCGAGGAGGGAGGGAUAAAAUACACGCAUGGGCACAAGGAGAGCCGGAAAUUCGACGAGGAGGAAACCAAGACGAAGGCAGAGAAAGGGGGUGUGGGGAAAAGGGAGAGGACAAUCGUGGGGGAGAAGCGGGGUGAUAGAGAGACGUGCAGUUUGGCAGAUGGUGUGGAGAGGGAGAGAGAGGUGAGGCGUGAGGAGUAUUUGGGAGGUGAGGGGAGUGAGGAGAAUCUGAGGGAGGACGAGAGUGAGGUGAGGGCUACUUUAGAGGAGUUGAGGAGGCAGCAGCUGACAGGGGAGCAGCUGCUGGAGUGUGCAGCGUAUAAGAACUACAAGAGGGGCGAGCCAUGUACAACGCUGUACAUAAAGAACAUCGCCAAGGCUGCCACCACCACUGACCUCUUUCGGAUCUUUGGUUUUGCGCGCCCACCGGCGAGCGUUCGCACUCAGCUGGCGAAGAUUGAGAAGAACGACGUGUUCCUGGGAACGUACCAGGGGUCGCUGUACGCUGAGCUGGACCACGUGGACGGCGCCGACAAGAUGUCUGACGGCUAUGCCUACAUGGCAAUCUACAAGUAA